AUGGAUUCCAAUCCAUUUUUGAAUUUAAAUUUCGUUAGUGGCAUAGGUUUACAAUCUUCCCCCAUUCCUUUAUUUGGCACGCAAGCCACACAAGAUGCAAACUUCGAGCAAGCCAAUCCACCGCAACGUAAAGAACGGAGGGUUUGGACAGCAACAGAUGAUGUGGUCCUCAUCAGCGCUUGGUUAAACACCAGCAAAGAUCCUAUCGUUGCGAACGAACAGAAGUGUGGGACCUUCUGGAAGAGAAUAGCAGACUACAUGGCUGCUAGUCCGAAGCUUGCAGGCAUUGAAAAAAGAGAGCAAUUGCACUGCAAGAAUCGGUGGCACAAGAUCAAUGAUCAAGUCUGCAAGUUCUGCGGAGCAUAUGAAGCCGCAACAAGAGCCAAAACUUCAGGCCAAAAUGACAAUGAUAUUCUCAAAGAAGCUCACGUUAUCUACUUCAACAAAUAUAACAAAAAGUUCACUAUGGAACACGCCUGGAAGGAGCUUCGCUAUGACCAGAAGUGGUGUCUUAUAUCUACGGACAAAACCUGUAAAAAGAGAAAAGGUGAGGACGAUGUUGACUCCUCAACAUCUCACGCAACUGACAAUGUGAGUGGUCAAUCGGUUGAUGUAAUGGAGCGGCCCCCUGGUGUUAAGGCUGCCAAGCGCCGCGGUAAAAAGCCAAUGGAAGAGGACAAGGAGGUAGAGGGCUUUCAGCGGAUGUGGCAGGUUAAAGAAGAGGAUUGGUGUAGGAAAGAAAAGCAAGCUAAGAUAGGUCUACUUGACCGUCUACUGGCUAAAACAGAGCCACUUGCUGACUAUGAAGAAACACUAAAGAAGAAGCUCAUUGCUGAGUUGUUCUGA